CAUUUCUUGAUUCGAUUUCACAGGGAAAGGAGGUUCCGGCGAACAGCUAUGGCCACCUUGAAAGAGAUUCUGACCAGACGACCCGUCGCUGCCACCAUCAGGCUCACCGUCCCUGCUGGUGGAGCUCGCCCUGCGCCACCGGUGGGUCCAGCGCUUGGUCAAUACCGGCUGAAUCUGAUGGCUUUCUGCAAGGAUUUCAAUGCCCGGACUCAAAAGUACAAACCCGAGACACCCAUGGCCGUAACCAUUACAGCUUUCAAGGACAACACCUUCGAGUUCACCGUCAAAUCACCGUCAGUUACUUGGUACUUGAAGAAAGCUGCUGGGAUCGAAUCUGGGAGCAGCCGCCCAGGCCACGUAGUCGCCUCCACGCUCUCAGUCAAGCACAUUUAUGAGAUCGCUAAAGUCAAGCAGUCUGAUCCUUAUUGCCAGUACAUGCCACUAGAAUCCAUUUGUAAGUCCAUUAUCGGCACUGCCAAUAGCAUGGGAAUUAAAGUCCUUAACGAAUUGGAGUAAUGCAACAGCUAAAUUUCUAGGGUUUUAUUUUUCUCCUAUUGUUCUUCAGUAUCUCGAUUUAAAUUGAGCGUUUUUUGCAGUCACCUACAUCUUCUUACUGUGAAUUAAUGUUAUUAUUCCGUAUGCUAAGUCGGCUAUCUAAUCCUGACAGUUUGAGUUUCUCUAGAAAUUGAACCAAUUCCAGCAAUUUGCUCCUGAAUGUCAAAGAAAAUGGGGCUAGGAUAAUAGCUAAAUAAAAGUGCUUUUUUUUUCCAUUAGAUUUUGCUAUUGAACAAUGGCCAUUCUGUGAGUUGUGAACUGAUUUCAUUUUGAUGAACCAGUUAGUGAUGAACUACCCCCAAUUCAAUA